AUGUCUCGCAUCACCUUGGCAUACCGUGGCCGUACCUAUCGCCCAUCCCUGGCACAUUGUCAUGCACGUGUUUUUCAUGAUGAGGUCGAAUUCCUGAAGACACAUCCUGGAUGGCUUGGGCAGAGCUGGACACACGGGCAAUUUGCAGAAAUUGUCUCUGCGCUUGAGUGCGUCUUUGGACAAGCUGCUGCCCCAUCUUUCGCUGCUCGGAUUCGAAUACGCAGAAGAUAUCGCGGCAGUGACCUAUCCCUUACGGUUCCAGAGCCUUUCUUCUUUCGAGCUACUGUUGCGAUUGAAAGUCUCUUGACCUCUUCAGAAGUAAGCCUUGAAGACAUGCGGGUCCAGUGGAAACGUUUGGUCGUGGUGGGAUCUGCACAUCUCGGGGCAGUCUUUGCCCGGGGCACCAACCAUUCGCUUCCUGCAGCCAUCCCUCGCCCUAUAGCGACGUUUGGGCAAGUGUGGGAAACAAUUUGUUCUUCUUCCUGCCUACAACAUAUGCACUACACAAAAGCUGUUUUCACUCGCAUUUGGGCAGCAUGUGUUACCCAUUUCUCUGAUGCCGCUGGUCGCACUUCCUCCACUCUGGUUUCCCGCUGCUUCGGCCGCAAUUGGACCAUGCAGGUGCUUCUUGCAGAUGUUAUCCCUGCGCAGUUGGCAAUUGAGCAAUUGCUUCUAGAUAUGCCGGACAGCCUUGAAGCCAUGAACACUGCAUGGCAUGCAUUACAAGAUCGGUUUCCCCUGCCCACCGUGCGAGACAUUCCUCCAGAUGUCCGUUUUGGGGCAAUGACUUUUACAUAUGAUAUGGCUCCGGCCGCAUUCGCUCCUCGGCACUAUUCGUCUGACCCUGUGGCUGACAUACCCUGUUUUGCGUCGUCUUCCCCGCUGGCCAGGCAUUUCUGCCAGCUUUGCGGCUUCCAUACUCCAGCCGAAAGUGUGUGGGAGAAACACCUGGAGGACCAUGGCGGGCCAAGCUCCUACCGAGCCCAAGUGCUGGCCACCGAAGCGCAGAAAUGGCCCGCUGCAGUGGAUCCCACUGUGAUACGUCACUGCGUAUCUCAGUAUGCGCAGACCUUCUGGGAGCGCAUGUCCACCGCUACAACUUUUUGUGGCUGUUGUGCUAUGCCCAGUACAUUCUCUGCAGUUCAACAACAUGACCUGCGCUCGGCAGAUUUCUCCCUGAACGAGCUCCACGAACUGUUUUCUGCGCAGAGUUAUUUGACUGCUCACAGUGCACUGUAUCCAGAGUUUCCUCCUGCUUCUUUCGUUGGCUUACCGUUUGACGUGCUUCUGCAAGCUGGGGUCCCCUGUCCUUUGCCUUUAGCAUCUGGCUUCACGGAUGCUUGGCUGCUGCGUCUGAAUACUCUGGCGCUGAAUGAAUGGACAGUGGCUGCUGACAAUCCUGAAGUACCUCUUCACAUUUCUUUGUGUUCAGAUUGCUGUGGUGCCCUCAGAGGCUCACAACCUCGCAUGCCAGCACGAGCUUUGGCGAAUGGAAACCUUUGUCUUUCUUUUCCGUCAGAGUUGCGCGGCCUGUCUUUUGCUGAGCGCAUCUUUAUUGCUCGCGGCUUCACACUACGGCGGCUGCAUACUUUGCCUGGUCGUGCAGCUCCACAAGAUCGCCAAAAGGCUAUGUCUGGCAAUGUUGUUUCUUUUCCGCAAGAGGCUGCAAGCCUUCUGCGCCAUUUGCCGAGACAUCCACAAGAAGCAUCAGAACUGCUCACGGUUUUCUUUCCGCCCGAUCAGGCUCCCGAUCCUCGUGCCUAUCCUGCGUAUGUGGUUCGACGUGAUCGUGUUCAAUUGGCCUUGGAAUGGUUGCAACGUCACAAUCCAUUCUAUGCCGAUAUGUGCAUCGACUUUGAGAUUUUAGCCUUAUUGCCUCAGGAUGGCAUUCCAUCGGAAUUUUUCCUCCCCAGUGCUGACGCUAGCAUUCUGCAAGUUGAAGUUGGACCUGCUGAUGCCCAAGUCAUGGCUGCUGACACCUGUGAGCCAACUCCGCACUCAGAUGAUGCAUCCUCGCAUCCUGACCUUCCCUUAGCAGCCGCUGUCUUAGAUACAGAAGGCGAGGGGCUAGCUCCAAUGGAAAUGUGGUCGCACGCUCUGCCACGGCGAGCUGCUUCUCGCCCUGUUGAGGCCCCAACUGUGCCUGCAGAAUUUGACGCGAUAGUUCCACAUGGACCAGAUCCUUUGUCCUCUUUUGAUCUUGGCUACUGGCCUCUUUGUUUCCCACAUUUGUUUCCAUAUGGAGACGGUGUUGCAGGGGGUGCCAGACGAACCCGAUGCUUUGACAAGACGUGGGCACGCCAUUUGCUUCUCCGUAUGGAUCGCGCACCAAAAGACUUCCAUUGGAGUCUUGAUAUCGAUUUCAUUGCAGUUCUUUUCGGUGUCCUUCAUCGAAAAGACUUCCUACAAGCAGUGCAGGCCAAAAUACGCACUCCAGGUUUCCUCCGAGUUGCUGCUGAUUUUGAACAUUUGCUGCACACUGACUUCUCUGAGAUCCUUCGUCUCCUUGGCGACUCGGGUGGCCUCCCUGAGGCUUUGCGCAAUCCUCUGGCGCCGGACUCUCUGAAGCGAGUGCUUCGGUGCAUGGAAAUCGUUUCUGGAGUGGUACCUUGUACAGAUGCAUCACGCCGCCGGAUGCGGCAUCAGCUCCGCGCCCUACAAGUUUGGCAAGGACUACCCAGCAUCUUCUUUACCCUCAAUCCAGCUGAUACUAGGCAUCCGUUCACUCUCUACUACAGUUCUUGUCCUGAGCAGCCAUGGCAGCCUUGUUCUACAGAGCACGACCUCACGGAAGCUCUAGCACAAGUGAACUUGUUGCAGAGGAUGGCUGCCGAUCCCGUUGCAGUUGCACGCGCCUUCCACGAGCACGUGCAACUUUUCCUCAAAGAGCUUCUGGGGUGUAUCACACCUGGUGGUGCUGCUUGGGGAGAUGGUGUCGCUUCUGGCAUGGGUUCUGGGCUUUUGGGCCCUGUUGCAGCAUACUAUGGGGUUACAGAGCCGCAGCUGCGGGGAAGUUUGCAUUUACACAUGCUCAUUCAUUUAUAUGCCUUUAGUACACCAGCUGCAUUUCUAGCUCGGCUGCAAAGCGUCUGGGGCACUUUGGCAGACCGGUUGCUGCAAUGGACGUCAAGCCUGCUGGCUACUUCUUUAGAAAGUAUUCCACGCGCAUGGAAUCUGCCAUGUGACAGCCAAGCUUCGUUCACUGCCCUGCAACCGCUCCCAUAUUCUACACGGCAGCGCGCUCUUCUGAGCGCCCACGAGGCAGCGAUGUGGGACUUUGACUUGGCGUCACAGACUUGGUUUCUAGCAAGUACUACUGAACAUUUCUGUCCCCAGCCUCCAUGGUUUGAACCUCCUGCAGAUUCUUCAGGACCUGCUUUGCUCUUUGCUCCUUGGCCUCGGCAAUAUUUGAUGCAGGCUGGUGAUGCUGCUGAUUGGAGCCGGCAUUUGCUUUUUGACUUGCGACACUCCGCGCUUCACUGCUGCUUACAUGAGUGCCGGCCCCGAACUUGCCACAAGGGCGCCAUUGGCCGCUUAGGUUUCUGUCGUAUGGGGUUCUGGCAUUGGUGCAAUGUCAACCCUGCAUUGCAGCCACCUGUCUGGCAAAGACGCCACGGUCUUCCCCUUCAAGAUCGACCGACUGUUGGCUCGGUACCGCCGUUGGCGGGCGUUUUGCUGACUGAAAGGCAUCAUCCUUUUCAUACACGAUUCAACGCUGGGGUCUUGGCAGCGGUCAAAUGCAAUCAUGACCUCAGUGUCCUUGUCCGUGCACCGGAGGCUGCCGCUGCCCUGGACGCAGAACAUUUCGCUACCCAAUUGGCCUCUUCCACGCAAUUGGCUACGUUUUACAUAACGGGCUACAUGAGCAAGGUGCAGCCUCACCUGACGAAUUUGUGGCAUCUCUUGGAGCAAGGUCAGCGUCGUUUGGAACACGAACUCCAGCAGCAAGCCUCUGCGGGCGCAGUACUGGUGGGUCCCUCGCUCAUGGGCAAGACUUUGAAUCGCAUGUUAUCAAGCUGCCAACGACGAGCGCACAAAUCCCUACCUGAAAUGUGCCAUUAUUUACUUGGCUACCCAGAAGCGUACAGCAGUCAUGCAUUUCGCCCUCUUUUUGUCGGUAAUUUGCUCUGCCGUGCUGCUAGCUUGCUGCCCUUGGCCCACACGAAUCUUCCUGAGCCUGAGUCUGUGGCGUGGGUGCCACGGGGGCCUGGUGCGAAUGACAACACUGAGGGUGCUUCAUCGACCGCAGCCCAACCCUCACGUCUGAAUCUCAUGACGCAAGAACUGGAUUAUAUGCACCGUGGUCCUGCACUGCAACUAUGGCCUCUGUACUUUUAUGUUGCGGCCGUCUCGCGCUCCACUGGACAACGUUGCUCUGCUGGUGCCUAUUUGGAGCCCUUUGCCCCAGACCACCCAAAUGCUGCGUAUGCCGUGCAGAAGAUCGCUCUUACAGAUCCUUGGUUGGUGCCGCAAGUUGUCGGCCGUGCAGUGCCUUCUGCAGAGAAAGAUCCCGAACUUCGAGCAGUCCUGAAAUAUCGCCGACGUGGCUUGCUGCGUUCGAUGAUUUCAUGGCCCAUACUGCGGCUUUACGGUCCUCACCGGCUACACGCCCAGCACCUUUUACGCCGGAAUAUUGGGCGCACCGUGCUUUGGUCGCACUUCUCUGUUUGCAUAGUACUUUCCCAUAAGCUGUUAUGUCUCUAUCCGCGCGCGGCCCCUGUGCUCUCUGCAGGAGUUUGGGACACUAUAGCCAACUUCGAUGCCUUAAACGGCAGCCUCAUUGACGAUAAUCUCCGGGCAGUACGACAUCAUCCUGGCGUUCUUGCUGGUGAUGCGGCCGCCUCCGAAUUUGUUCCUCCUGUGCCUGGGCCUCACACUUUCGAGGACGAUGUCGCCUCCAAUCCCUCUGACAUGCCCAUGGAUGAAGAUUUUUAUGAAGCUGACUUGCCGCUGCACACCGCUUCUGCUGCCUGCAUGCACCACUUUGAUGAGACGUGGUCUGGUGUACGCUUGUACGCAGAACGCUGCUGCAGUGCACUGAACUUGCGCGCCGCGGAGUAUGCUUCAGAAUUACACGCUCUACAACAGCGUGUAACAGCACCCUCCCGGGAAUUCCGUCAUUCUCCUCAAUUGCUGCACUCUGAAAGUCUUGCAGCUCGCUUAGAGCAAUUGCGCAGUGAUGUCCGGCAGUGGCGACAGGCUUGGCUUGCAGCUGGGUGCUGCAACGCCCCGGAUGGCUCCUUGAAUGCGAAGCAAGCUCUUUUUUUGGUCGUGUAUGGCUUGCAUCUACAAGAACGUGUCUCGGCUGCCAGCGCUUCCACCCAUGCCCCACGGGCAGACUUUAUCUUACUUGGUGGUCCUGGGACCGGUAAGACCCACAUGCUGAAAGAAGUUUUGAAGCUUCAAAAUCUUUUCUUCCCACAUUCGACGCAACAGUGCUCCUACAUGAACAGCGCUGCUCGUCUCAUUGGCGGGCGCACCUUACAUACAGCAUUGGAUUUGCCACGGAAAAACCACAAACUAGGUCAACAAAAUCUGGUCAGCAGAAAAGAGCAACUCUUGUCCCAGUGGCGUGACAUCUUGUUGCUGUGCAUCGAUGAAAUCAGUAUGUUGCCUGCCGACUUGUUCUCUGCCUGUGAGCUACGUGCACAACAAGUCAAAAACAAUACUGAUGCUUUGUGGGGCAACAUGUCUUUACUUCUCACCGGCGACUUUUUGCAGCUGCCUCCAGUGGCUGCACAAACCUUAGCUGGCAGCCCUGACGCAAUUCCGAGCAGCGCCAGUUCGGCGCCUUCGACAGCCCAGCCAGACCAACGCCGGCUGAACGCAGCACAAGGGCGGCGCCUUUGGCGCGAUAUCUCUAGAUGCGUCCUUUUGAGCGUUUCGCACCGCUCACAUGGUCCUCUGCAACAUUUUUUGCAGUUAAUGCGCACUGGCACCAUACCCUCUGCCGCAUGGGACGUUCUACUGCGCCGUGUAUUGCAGCCGCAUGAUACUCGUCUCCGGGAGCCCAAGUACUGGUCCAAUGCUGCUUGUGUGGGUGUCUUGCGGCAUAGCAUUCGUGCGCUUGCUUGCCUCCACCGAGCCCAUCAAUUGGCAUUCCUUGCUGGACAACGUCUUCUGCUCUGCAUCUGUAUUGAUUCCUGCCGUCGUGGGGCUGACGGCUCUUUGUCGCAUCCAGGACUUCUUCGCUAUCUUUGCAGCGUCGACAACUUGACUGAAACACAGAACCUGCCUGGUAUCCUCUUUCUCUGGCAUGGCUGCGCAUUGACUUUAGAGGAGAAGGUGGCUGAUCGGUAUGGUUUAGUACGCGGCUGCCAAGGCGAGCUCCAACAUCUUGUUCUCCAUCCAGAUGAACCGACAUUCGACCUGUCCCCGGACUUGGAGCCGCACAUCUUGACAUACAUGCCUUGCAGCCUUACCUUGCAAGUGCCACAGGCUACUUUUGUACAAAGUGCUUUGCUUGAGUGUGGCCAGUGCGCCUUGUUCCCAAUUACUCGAGACUGGCAGCACUCCACUAAAGCAGAUGGCUUGCCCUUCUUGGAUCAAACUACGCGUGAUAUGCUGCUGGGAUCAACACUAUCUAUCACGCGGAGGCAGUUCCCAUGCACCAACCCAUUGGCCUGCACCGCGUACAAUCUCCAGGGGCAGACUGUUGCAGCUAUGCUGGCCGAUUUGAGCCGCCCACUUGGUAUGCGGCGCGCCCACACCUCA